CUCACCGGGACAGGAAGCGUAUGUGCAUUUAUUGAGUGGCUUUUUACAGCGAUGGCCUUUGAGGCUGCAUUUGAACCCAGGCCCUCUGGACUUGAGACCCCCAGUGUAUCCUCGGUGGCGCCCCCCAGCUGCCUCCUGGGGUCCUGCAGACUAGCAGCACGGUGCUGGGGGGCUCCCCGGGGGCAGGCUUUCCCCACUAGGCCAGAGCUCACCCCAAAUGAUCUCCAAGGGUAGGAGAGAAAUUAAUGGAGCCCCAAGUCGGGCUCUGCCGGAUCCAAGGCUGGGGAGGGGAUGCAGCGAAGGCUGGGAGCCGUGUAUGCAGUAGGUGCUUAAUCAGUCCCAGAGUGGGGGUGGGGCCUGGGCAGUAAGGAACGGGGCUCCCCUGUCCUGGGUCAGCCCACUGUGGGGGUGAGGGGCCGUCUGGCCACGGUCCGUGCCCGGCAUCGCUCCGGUUACCAUGGAGUCCAGAUCCUGCCGCCUCCCGCUCCACACUGACUCAUCAGAGCCUGUGGCCAUCCUCUGGCAGGACUCCAUUUCCCAGCAGGUCUCAGAGUCACCUGGAAAGUGAUGUCACUCAGUAAGAGUGGGGGAGGGUCAAGCUGCCUAUUGUGCGCAAGCGCGAGUCCGGGGAAUCUUGGGAGUCGUAGUCCGUGCCUCCUGGACGCAGGCGCAGUGCGUCGGGAGUCUGGCGCUGUCCGCUUUGUCCAGCUCGGGGCUGGCAGGGGACGGUCCCAAGGAGACAACCCAACCGCAGACCGUUUCUAAAGACUCAAAGGCUCAGAGGGGAUGUUCCCCAAGACCCUAUACUUGAAAAAGCCUAUUGUGAGAGCGCACCACUGGGACAGUAAGGACGAUGUGUGUCCAGCUCCUGCCGGGACACUCCAGCUGGGGAGAGAGGCUGUGCAAGGGAGGAAUUGGGGAGAAGCUCAAAUCCUGUCACCCAGGAGAGGGGGCCUGUGGGAGACAAGCCGCCGACCAUGGCCCUCGGUGAGGAGAACUCCACGCCGAGUUCACAUCCAAUCCAACAUGCAAGGAAGAAGAAUGCCCAGAAAUGUGGGGACUGUGGGAAAGACUUCAAGGUACCCUUGAUCCUCAUUGCCCGCCAGAGAGUUCACACCACAGAGAAGCCCCGUGAAUGCGGUCAUUGUUGGAAAGUUUUCAUUCAAAAUUCGGCUCUUAUGGUGCACCAGAGGACUCUGGAGAGAAGCCCUGUUCAUGCAGACUGUGGGAAAGCCUUCAGGGGGAGCUCAGACUUGAGGAAACACAAGAGACUCCUCGCUGGAGAGAAACCCUACAAAUGCAGGAAAUGUGGCAAAACCUUCAGGUGGAGCUUCCCCCCACCCAUCAGACAUCAGAGUGGAGAAUGGCUCUCUCAGUGUGGUAAAGCCUUCAGCCACACUCCUUCCUUACCGAGCACCACGAGGUCCACACCGGGGAGAAGGCCUACGAGUGCCCCGAGUGUGGGAAGGCCUUCAAGGGCAGCUCGGACCUGAGCCGAUAUCGCAGGGUUCACACCGGGCAGGAGCCCUACGAGUGCCUUGAGUGCGGGAGAGCCUCACGCAUCAGAGAAGUCACAGAGGGGAGAAGCCUUCUGAGUCUCCCCGGUGCGGGAAGGCGUUCGUCCAGAGGUCCCCACUCACUCAGCACCAGAGGACUCACACCAGGGAGAAGCUCUACGAGUGCAACGUCUGUGGGAAAGUCGUGUUUCUACCCGAUUCGCCACCAGAACCCAGAGAGUAGCGUGACAUGAAGGUGUCCUUGAUCUUGUGUAGAUCAAGUGAGGGGAUAUUUGUGAAGGGCUUAGCGCGGUGGCUGGGGUGCAGGAAUCCUCCGCCAGGGCAGUUGGGCUUGGUGUCCCAAGAUAGACUGUCCCACCCAUGAGGAGAGGGAGCCCUUACACUAGCCUCACGUCCUCCAACUCAGCCCCGAAGAAUUCGCCCUGGGUUGGGGUCCUGUAAGGUCAGAGGAUGUGGGAAAGCCUGGAGGAGGAACUCAGACCUGGACCCUGCCCUGGGCAGCUCCCAGUCCAUUAGGAUGAUGCUUGUGUGGCUGAGCAGAAGCCUCUGGUCUGGGUGAGGAUGCCGAGCUCCCUAGGACCAAGAUACUGAGAAUUCAGACCUUCUCUGGAGCCUGGCCCUGUUUAAACAGGUGCUGCUGACCAGAGGGGAGGGCCAGGCGCUCAUACCAGGGGAUGGAAGCAGAUAGAAGAGCUGAAUUCAAGGACGGGGAGGCUGGGACUGAGACUCAGGCACCUGCUCUACGAGAAGACCCGGGGCAGUAAUGGAGACACUAGAGGGGAGCUGGCCCCUGGGCCCCGGGUUUGCUGAAGCUCGUGGAGGGGACCCGCUGGGGAAGCGCGGGGAAGGGGCGCCCCCCGAGGCUGUGGCGUGGCCCCGGAAAAGCCCCCAGGGGGAGGAAGGUCGCUCUCUGGAACGGGGUGCCCCGGGGACUGGGCGGAGUCCCCCCGCGGCAGCCCGAGACAAGCCCCACGAGUGUGGCGAAUGCGGGAAAACCUUCCUGCAAAACUCAGCUCUGAGCCUGCACCGGAGGGUGCACACGGGAGAGAAGCCCUACGCGUGUCCCGAGUGCGGGAAGGCCUUCCGGUGGAGCUCGGACCUCCGCAAGCACCAGAGGAGCCACAGCGGGGAGAGGCCCUACCCGUGCGGCCGCUGCGGCCGCGCCUUCGGCCGCAGCUCGUCCCUCAUCGAGCACCACAAGGUCCACACCGGGGAGAAGCCCUACGAGUGCCCCGAGUGCGGGAAGGCCUUCAAGGGCAGCUCGGACCUGAGCCAGCACCGCAGGGUCCACACCGGGGAGAAGCCCUACGCGUGCCCCGAGUGCGGGAGAGCCUUCAUGUGGAAGACGGCCCUCGUCACACACCGGAGGAGUCACAGCGGCGAGAAGCCCUACCAGUGUCCCCAGUGCGGGAAGGCGUUCGUCCAGAGCUCCCACCUCACUCAGCACCGGAGGACUCACACCGGCGAGAAGCUCUACCAGUGCGGCGUCUGCGGCAAAGCCUUCAGCGUGAGCUCCUACCUCAUCGAGCACCAGAGGACUCACACCGGGGAGAAGCCCUUCCAGUGCAGCGCCUGCGGCAAAGCCUUCGUGCAGAGAUCGCACCUGACUCAGCACCGGAGGGUUCACACCGGGGAGAAGCCCUAUGGCUGUCACCAGUGUGGGAAAGCCUUUCGCUAUAGCUCGGACCUGAUCCAGCAUCACAAACUUCACACUAGAGAAUAGUUGGAGGGAUAUCACCGUCUCUGAGAUCCAGGCUAGCCCUUUCCCUUUCCCAGACUAGUCACACCAGGAGCCCCACUUCUCUUUUUUUCUGGUUAUACAUAUAAAUUCUUUUUUUUUUUUCCUGAGGUGAUUAGGGUUAAGUGACUUGCCCAGGGUCACACAGGUAGGAAUUGUUGUGUCUGAGGUUAGAUUUGAACUCUGGUCCUCCUGACUUCAGAGCUGGUGCUCUAUCCACUGUGCCAUCAGCUGCCCUUAUAUCCACUUUUUAAAUACACAUUUCUUUAUGAAUCAUGUUGGGAGAGAAAAAUCAGAACAAAACGGAAAAGCCACGAGAGAAAAAAAAAAAAAAAACAGAAAAAGAAAAUGAACGUUGUAUUGAUUUACAUUUAAUCUCCGUAGUUCUCUUUCUGGAUGCAGAUGGUGUUUUCCACCCAAAAUCUAUUAGGAUCGCCUUGGAUCAGUGAGCUGCAGAGAAGGACCAAGUCUGUCACAGCUGAUCAGGCACAGUCUUGUUCCGGUGUACAAUGGAUUCCUGGUUCUGCUUCUUUUGCUCAGCAUCAGUUCCUGUAAAAGCAUCCAGCUUUUCUAUAAUCGGCUUGUUCAUUUUAAAAUAUACAAAUCAUUCAGCCAUUCCCCACCUGAGGGGCAUCUACUCAUUUUCCAAUUUGUUGCCACCACAAAGAAACAUUUGGUCCUUUUCCUUCUUUUAUAAUUUCUUUGACACACAAGCCCAUAGAAACACUGCUGGAUCAAAAGGUAUGCAGAGUUUGAUAGCCCUUUGGGCCUAGUUCCAAACUGCUCUCCAGAAUGGUUGGAUCCGUUCACAACUCCACCAACAAUGGAUCAGUGUCCCAGUUUUCCCACAUCCCCUCCAACACUGAUCAGCUUUUCCUGUCAUCCUCGCCAAUCUGAGAGAUGUGCUAUAGUGCCUCAGUUGUCUUAAUUUGCAUUUCUCUGAUCAAUAGUGACUGAGAACAUUUCUUCAUAUGACCAUAGAUGGAUUUAAUUUCAUCAUCUGAAAAUUAUCUGUUCAUAUCCUCUGACCAUUUAUCAACUGGGGAAUGACUUGUAUUCUUAUAAAUUUGACACAGUUCUUUAUA